AUGCCGCUCCAUCUCCUCGGAAAGAAGUCAUGGAACGUCUACAAUCCUGCCAACAUCGAGCGUGUCCGCCGCGAUGAAGCUGCCGCGCAAGCACGCGAGGAGGAGGCCGAGCGCCGCAUGGAUGAAUAUGACGCGGCGCGUCGGAUGGCGAUACUACGCGGCGAAAAGCCCCCCUCGCCUCCCCCGGACCUCAUCGAGGAAGGGCAGAAACCACACCGUGAGGACGCAAGCAGAGGGCCGAAACGCAGAAGAUUGGCAGGAGAGGACGACACGGACCGAGAUAUUCGCGUAGCGCGAGAGAUUGCUGAUCAAGGCCGAGAGACGCGUGAACAGCUGCUUAAGCGCAACGAAAGCAAGCAGCCCAGCGAUGCGCCUCUCAUGGACCACAGCGGACACAUUGACUUGUUUCCGGUGGAUCACAAGGCCGCGCGCAAAGCAGAGAAGAAUGCGGAGCGUGAAGCGGAGGAGGCAAAGAAGAAGCGGGAGCUCGAGGAUCAGUACACCAUGCGCUUUGCCAAUGCUGCUGGGAGGGAUGGUCUGAGUAAGCCGUGGUACGCAAAUGCCUCGAAAGGCUCUGAGCAUGCAUCACGGGCGGAAGAACUCGAGGAACCGGGUAAAGACGUGUGGGGCAACGAGGAUCCGCGCCGUAAGGAUCGUGAGCGGGUGCGCAUGGAGGCUAGUGACCCGCUGGCAUUCAUGAAAAAGGCGCAGGUUCAGCUCAAGGAAGCGGAACGGGAUCGAAAGCGCUGGCUGGCCGAAAGACAGCAAGAAAUGCUCACUAUGGACGCAGCAGCGCAUAGAGAAUCCAAAAGUAAGCAUGACCCGGACGAGUUGGAAGGAUUCAGUCUGGAUGUCAGCGAGGCAUCACAAGAAGCACAGAAGUCACCGCAGCAGAAGCAGGAGCAGGAAUCGAGAUGGGGAGCGCCGCAGGUCACGACGCAGCAGGAGUCCGGAUGGGGAGAGGCAAGCGUCAAAACUCCUCUCCUCAACCCGACCGUACUAACCACCCAGGACAUCGACCAGCCGGCAACAGUCAUCCAAAAUGUCGUCGGCUGCGGCAAGCGCAAGAUCUGGCUCGACCCCAACGAGGUCAACGAGAUCUCCAACGCCAACUCCCGCCAGACCAUCCGCAAGCUGGUUUCCGAUGGCCUCAUCAUCCGCAAGCCGGUUACCAUGCACUCCCGUAGCCGCGCUAGGGAGCUGAACGCCGCUCGCCGCAUCGGUCGUCACCGUGGCUACGGUAAGAGGAAGGGUACCAAGGACGCUCGUAUGCCGAGCCAGGUCCUUUGGAUGCGCCGCCUCCGUGUCCUCCGCCGUCUCCUCGUCAAGUACCGUGCCAGCGGCAAGAUCGACAAGCACCUUUACCACGAGCUGUACCACCUGAGCAAGGGUAACACCUUCAAGCACAAGCGCGCCCUCGUUGAGCACAUCCACAAGGCCAAGGCUGAGAAGCAGCGUGAGAGGAUCCUCAAGGAGGAGAUGGACGCCAAGCGUGCCAAGACCAAGGCUGCCCGCGAGAGGAGGCAGGAGCGUGUCUCGGCCAAGAGGCAGGCUCUUGUGGCCGAGGAGUAA